AUGACCGUGUGCGGGGAUGAGGAGACUCCUUCCUUCGUGGAGAAGCUUCGUAGUGGAGACGACGCUGCUCGCCAUCAAGAACGACUGGGGCAGCCCCCAGAAGCUCGCGUGGUGGGACCCCGCCGACGCCGAUCACUGCAGCUGGGAAGGCGUCACCUGCGCUGCCGGCGGCGGUGGAACCGUCACGGAGCUUUCCUUAGCGGACCUAGAGCUCCCCGGCUCGAUCCGGCGUCCGUGUGCGAGCUCAAGAACCUCAGGAGCCUCGACCUCAGCGGCAACGACCUCACCGGCACGUUCCCCGCCGCCGCGCUUAAAGCCUGCGCCCAGCUUCACUUCCUCGACGUCUCCUACAACGCCUUCAGCGGAGCACUCCUCUCGGGCGACAUCGCCGGCUUGUCGCCGUUGAUGGAGCUCCUCAACCUCUCGUACAAUGGCUUCAACGGCACCGUGCCGGCCACGGUGGGGCGGCUCCCGAAUCUCGCAACCGUGAGGAUCCAGAACAACAGAUUCACUGGUUGUUCCGGUCAAGAUAUCACUCAAUAUCUCACAGAUCGAGAUGCGAAACAACAUGUUCUCCGGAUCCAUCCCAACGUCCGCGGCAGGGCUGCAGAUGUUCGGAGCGAAGAACAACAGGCUCGACGGCGCAUUGCCGGCUGACAUGAGCAACCUUUCUAGUCUAGUUGAUUUGGUGCUGUCCGGCAACAGGAUAAAUGGUACCAUACCAACAUCGAUCAAACUGCUACGGUGGCUCGUUUGGCUUGACCUCGGCAGCAACCGGAUAUCUGGAACAGUGCCGUCGGAGAGCCUUGCGAUGCUGCCAUAUCUGGAGACAAUUGAGUUAUCUGAAUUCUGACAAUGAGCUCACUGGUCUCUGAUUCUGAUGUGGUGGCAUCUUCAGAGAGCAAAGUUUUCUCUUGGUUUUAGAUAUAUUCUAAGAGUGUCUAAUUUCAAGUAGUGGAUUUUUUUUAUUUUUUUUCCAAUCGAUUUUCUCAACUUUUAGAUCAACGAGGGCACACUCGCAUGAUUCGGGUGUAGUUUAGGUGCAUAGCGAUGUGUGGUGCCACAUGCUCUCGCAUGAUGUGCUAGUCCUUGGGUUUUAAGCUACUCUG